AUGUUCGCCUCCCGUGUCGCCCGCCAGGCUUUCCGCCAGACCCCCCGCAUGAUGCGCCCCAUUCCCAAGGAGGAGCAGGCCGCCCACACCGUCUCCCAGCGCCUCCGCAUGCGCGUGAAGAGCAUCCCCGCUGAGUUGUGGCCUCUCGGUGCUGUCGUCGGUUUCGCCGUCAGCGCUGCCAUUUACUCUAUCACCCGCCACCUUGUCGUUGACAAGACCAUCCGUCUCAAGCGCCAGAACCGCGCUGCCGAUUCCCACGCUGCUCACGCUGAGGAGCACUAA